GGUGCUGAGAUGAUGUCGAAUGUGUUGUUAAAUCAGUACAAUCUUAUCUUUCACCUGUAAAAUUCUUAUAAAACUUUUGUUAUUCCAAGAACUAUAAUAGUGUUGUUUUUCAUUGAUUUAUUUAUAGUAUUAGAAUCAGAUAUAGAAUAAUGGAUACCCUGAGGUUUUAUUUCGUGACCUGGAAUGUCGCAACUAAGUCUCCAGGUCAAGACCUUAACUCAUUACUGGAUUUUCCAUCUCAGUUCAAUAAAAACAAACCUUUACCAGAUUUUUAUGUCAUUGGAUUACAAGAAGUAAAAUCUCAACCACAGAACAUGUUAAUGGACAGUCUAUUCACUGACCAAUGGACAUCAAUGUUCAACAAAAUCCUGUGCAGACAGGGUUUUAUAGUUGCUAAAAAUAUAAGAUUACAAGGAAUUAUGCUGCUUGUGUACACUCAAAUGAAACAUGUGAUACACCUCAGAGACAUUGAAGCGCAAUACACUAAAACAGGACUUGGUGGUUUAUGGGGUAACAAAGGAGCUGUAAGCGUCAGGUUUAAUAUUUACGGAUGUUCGGUGUGCCUUGUAAAUUGUCACUUGACCGCCCACGAACAUUUGCUCGCGGACCGCAUUAACGAUUACAACACCAUCAUCAAGGAACACGGCUAUCAUCUCACCGAGACUUCAAAUAUUCUAUACCAUGACUACGUGUUUUGGCUCGGUGAUUUGAAUUUCCGUAAUCACCACCCAGCGACCUCCAGUCCGACGUCAGAAGAAAUCGUUGCUGCACUACAGAAGGUGGAGAAAGACAAGUACACUUCGCUUCUGAAGCACGAUCAGUUGCUAGCGGUGAUAGAAAGUGGGGAAGCGUUUUCAGAAUUCAUGGAACCCGAGAUAAGAUUUCCGCCUACCUAUAAAUUUCUCAUGGGAACAGACGAUUAUGACUUAAAACGUAAACCAUCAUGGACAGACAGAAUAUUAUACAAAGUGAUAGCAAAUAAUUACGAAAACAUCACACUGAGAGCCGACCUGAUAUCUUACCACCACAUACCGCACUACACGGUCAGUGACCACAAGCCCGUGGUCGCACAGUUUAACAUUAAGAUACGAUGCUCUCAAUCUGUAGCUGUGCCGAAGAUCAAGAGGGCACAGAUACGCAUGCGAUCAGCUGUGAUAGCGCCUGAAGGUAUUGCUCCCGCUUCAGCAAUAUUUGAACCGAUAGCUGCAUUUUCUGCUGUAGAAGGAGACGUAAUGCCAGAUUCAAAUGAAUCUGAAGCUGAGGCGUUUUCCAACUUCACAGUGAAGACGGUGGAGUUCGCUCCGAUCGUUCGUAUCUGGUACAUCGGUGACGCAGAUUUUAGGACACAGUGCACGCUGUCCCCCGACGUUGAGAUCAAUCCCAAUGAUUGGAUUGGGAUAUAUGAUGCCAACUUCCACAGUCUUGACGAUUACAUAGCGUACGAAUAUCUGGCUAAAGUGAACCUCACCGAAGACGCGUCGGAGGCCGGCCAGCCUCGAACGAUAACGCUCAGCUUUCCCGUCGGGAGUGGAGUGAGGACGCCUGGCUUCUAUAGGUUCAUAUACUUCAGCCAACCGAACAACGAUGUUAGGAGUGUUCUAGGUAUUUCUGAACCAUUCGAGGUAAGCAGUAAAGAAGACAUGUUAGUAACGAUCGAUCCGUGUGUCGAAGCUUCGACCAGUACAUCAGCCGGUACGUCCAAACCCUCGACCGCCACGACUGACAUUUUCACGGAUUUCACGGGACUCGAUGUCGCGAAACUGUCCCGCCAUUUCUCGAACGAUCUUAGUUUUGACUGACUAAAAGGUUACCUGCCUGGUUCGCCGGCAACGAGACGAAGGGAUGGCCUGUAAUUCCAUAUUUUAUCUUGCCAUUUCUUCAAAGUAUGUCACAACGUUAUUAUGCAAAAGUCUAAAUGUUUUUAAGCGAUUUGUCCUGUAAUAGAACAAUUCUAUCAGCAAAUUUUUCCGUGAAAAACUUGUCAAAAAUUAUGAUUAAAGUAUAUAGUGUAUAUCAUAAAUAUUUUGACGGCGAAUUGUACUUUGAAUUCUUUAGACGUUGAUUAUUAUCAAAAAUAUAUUAAAUUAAAAUAAUAUAAUUAUUUUUGAUGAUUAAAAUGUCACUAAAGUUUAACGCAUGCGUACUUUAAUUGCGGAUUUUUGCCUAUUAAUAGGUAUGGAUUGCUCAGUAAUAUGACUUGUGUCAUAUCUUCUUCAUAACAUAAAUUUCACUUAGGGAAAAGUUAUUGCAAUAGUCACAAGUAGUCACAAAAUAAAAUAAAAACAUAUAUUUAGUUUUGUAAUAUUUAAAUAAAUAAUAAAUACAAUUAAAAUAGUUUUGAGAAAAUUAUAGUCGUACAAUUUUGGAAUGAAAUAUUAAUGGAGCUUUGAGAAAUAUAUUAAAAUUACCAUCACAGGCGACCGACAUUUUAAAAUUUUAAGGUCAAAUUGUUUAUAAGACUUUUGAUGAAAUUUACCAUUCCAAAACCAAUAUUUGUAUGCAAUUUAAUAUGAACCUUAUGUAUAUUAUACGGCAUAUUUUAAUAAAAACUUGGCUAGGUGUAAUUAAAACAUAUAGAGCUUCAUUGUACGAGCAACACCCCAUGGCUUUAGACAAUAAAUAUUGUAAUGCUUGUUGUAACAUAGUUAAUGAUAAUACAUAUUUUGUGAUUCCGUUAGUACAAUUUGUAUAAAAAUGUACAUUAGACUUAGAUUAAUUUGUAGAUAUUAUAUGUAAUUGUUAUGUAAAAAUUAUGCCAUUAUCUCGUUCAAUGAUAUAUAGUUAUCUUAAGGGUAAUGAAGUUUAUUCCACAUGUAUCACAUACAAAUAUAGUAGAUAAAUAAGUAAAAUUAAAAAAAAAAAAAAACUAAAAUUAUCGGUAUAAUAUUAAACUGCCUCGGUGGUCUGUUGUAUGUCUUAUAUGUCUGACCGUACAUGCUAGUUGUAUGUAAGGUCAGAUCACAUCAUGUUUAUGGGUUUUUCUGUCAAGGGAUUCUAAAUAGCAACCCGGUCUAUAUACAGCUUUUGAUUAUCUUUUAGAAUAGCCGCCCUGAAUAUUUUAUCAGGAGUUCAUUCAUACUCUUAAAAUCGUAUAUUGUUUCAUGAUUUGCUUUAUAUACGUAGAGUAUUAGAGAAAACUGCAAUGGAGUACUCAGACAUAUCCAAAAAUAUCAAUUUAUGAAUCUUUGAAUAACGUUUUUUUAAUUCACAAGGUCACAUCUAUUUAAGGAUAAGGAUUAGGUUUGUUACACGUUUGCGUAAAAUAAGUUUUUAAUUUUUAUAUGAAAAAUGUUUUUUUUUUUUUUUUUACAUAAUUACAUAAAUUGAAGUGACUCAGUACAUAAAUAUUAUGUGUAAGUAAUUUAAGUCUCUUGAAAGACUACUUGAAAUAUAUACAUAUGUGUUACUAAAACAACAAACGAGUGUUAUUAAAAGUCAUAUUUUUUAAACGAUAGAAUUGAAAUGCAUUCGAGAUUUGUAGUUGUCAAAGGCAAAAUUUCAACAAGUUCAAUGCAUUUUCACUUCUGUUUGUCGAUUUUUUAUUCGGUAAUUGUUGACAUGCUUUAGUGUUUAAAAACAAAAAUUAGAAACAGGACGGUAUAAAGUAUCAUUCAUGUUAGCAUUUAAAGCAGUUGAUGGAAGUUAUUGUGGUCGAAUUAAGAUUAGAACAAUAGUUCGAGUAAAUAGUAACUUAAAUUAUAUGAAAAUAAUAUUUUUAAUGGCCUAUAUCUUUUAACGAUAUUAAUAAACACAAUGUUAAUGUUAUUUAGUUAAAUUAGAUAAAAAAAAUACUUUUUCACUAGAAGCAGUGUUACCCUAUGGCAUUUAUAGAAAUAAAAAAAAUAAAAAAAAAAUUAAUCACAUUCUUUGCAAAACACUUUUAAAGGCAAGUACAUAAUUAUUAUAAUAUAAUAAUUAUGUACAACUAAUUUAAUUUACAUGAUUAAAUUAAAUUAAACUUAUAAUAUACAGCCAUAUAGUAUGCGUUAAAAAUAUACGAUAUCACUAUAAUUAUGUUUUCUUUCCGUAUACAUAUAAAUAGGCAUUAUUUGUAAAUGAGUAUUUUGAGCCUUUGCCUUAAGAUUCUAUGUAGGUCUGGCUUGACGAUCCCUAUAGGACAAUAAUUAUGGCUCGAGAUACUUGCUAAUAUCAAUAAAUUAAUAUUAUAUUAUAUUGCUGUUGAGGCGUGUUGAUCGUGUAAUAUUUACUCACAAUGGUACGGUAGAAUACUCGCGCUAAGUUAAAUAAUAAAACACAAUGUCGUUAGACAAUCGGACUCGCACCAAAGUUUGAAGAUUAAGGACUUGCUUUCAUUUCAGUUAAAAAUAAAAUGAGCGAAGUAUUUCUUUACCCGCAAUAUUAUAGUAUCAUAAAAAAUUCAUGUUAUUAUUCAUGUUAUUAUAUUAAUUCGAAUAUUAUCCGAAAAUAGAGUUUAUAGAUAUAGACAUUAUAAAUUAUUCCAGUUGUCCUCUAGUUACGAUUCAGUCGAGGUUUAUUUUUAUGAGCAAUUGAAUCGGUACGCACCGUCACCGUAAAUUAGUCGAAUUGGUCUCAGGUUAUCUCAUAGUACCUACAACGUAUUCGUCUAAUGAUAAUGGAAAUUCCGCGCGAAUGGAUCAAUCCUAAUUAUUGUAGUAAUUUAUCUGAUUGCAUGAUUUGAUUUGGGGAGUCGAGGCGCAACUAACUGACGUAACAACGUAGUAGAUUAUACUAAUAGCUAACGCUAUCGAGUGAAUUCUAACUGUAUCAAUUAUAUACAUACCAGCUGACCGUCCCGAUUUCGAACGGGUAAGAUUCAUACAAAGUAACGCUUUUAAUUUUUUAAUUUAGUUGAAAGCUUAUGUUCCAAGUUUCAGAUGGUGAAAAAUCUAUUUUGUAAUAUGAUCUUUGUAAAAUCUUUCUUUCGUAAAGUGUUCACUAUUUCAAUUGAAACGCACCCUUAUCUACUGUGUUUUAAUAUUUUGUUUUUUCGAGUUUUAAUGUUUCGUUUUUGAACGUGUCUCGAUGUGUCAAAUGUCAGUUCAAAAUCAAUGUAUAGUAAAACAUUAUAUUAUGACGUGAAAUGUAGCUCAAAAAGUAUAAAUACUUGCUAAUAAACGUUAUAAAGCGGUUUUAAGCAAUCUUUCUUUUUCUAUCGAAUGUCAAAUUACUGAUGUCAGAAAGAAAUAAAUAGUUUCAUAAAUAUUUACCCGCUUAAACGUUUUUGCAACCAACAUUUAAUCACUAUUUGCCAAUAAAUAUCGGAAAUAAUCCUAAUCGAUUUUUAAGGUUUUUAAUACUUCAGUUCAAUUAUAAGUGCCGUUAAACCCGACGUGACGUCAUCAAAUUUCAAAUGUCAUAUUUUUAUCAGUCAAAAUAUCUUAUGGCUUCUCGAAAUUAUCUAUUUUAUUUAUGAUCAAGAAUAGUUGUCAGUGUAGGCGACUUUGACAUUUCAUCUUUGAUCUUCGAUUGUCAGUUUGUUGAAUGGUAAUUAGGGCGUUGAUCAAAAGUAAAUAUUAUAAGCCUUCCAGAAAUCGUUUAAGUAGCUUAUACAAUCUUUUUAUUACGUAAACAUAGUUACGGUGUAUUUUUAAAAUGAUUUUUGAAACUUUUUUUUUUAAAUAUAAAAAUUAUUUGAGUUAAACGUACGUAAGUAGAUAAACAGAUCGUAAUUGUAGUUUUGAUCUACAUUUCGGAUUCAAUACAAUUAAAAAAUUUAAAAAAAAAAUCUUGUAAAUAAACUGGUCAGGCCGGAAUUCGUAUGCGUAAAAAGCUUUGAGUUUAUAUUUUUAAUUAAACGAUUGUAUAUACUGUCAUACAAUCAGUAAUGAGCCAGGUGCUACAUAUAUAAUAAACAUCUAACCGCAUACCCAGUUUUUAUUUUAUUUUAUGCGCUUGUUUAAAUAUCUUGUUAUAUUUUUGAAACUGCCAAAAUUAAAAUUUUAUGUUUAUUUUAAGAAAAUGCUUAAAAUUUACAUGUUUUUAUUGUCAUAACGAUUAAUACUGCAAAAUAAAUAAAUUUCACGUUUACCUACCUACUUUGACUCAUCUAUAAAAUACUGUUACGUAAUGGUAUCCACCAUUAAUAGAGAUCUGUCUUAAAAUCCUUAAGUUUUCGUGCAUUGACUAGACUUUAUUAUGUUAUGUCUAAAACAUAUACUUAAAAAAUUAUUUUGUCCUUAGAGUAUAAUAAUAUAGAAUUUCUCAUUUGCAUUAGUAGUUUUCAUAUGAGUACGUAAUAAAUAAACAAAUGAAUCGUGGUAUUUACUUUUUGGACGACUUCAUUUUUUUUUCUUUCAGCCUUUGUUUUGUUGUGGUCCCAGAUAACUUAUUGUGAACUGAUUUUGAUAAUAACGCGUUUCUAAUGUCUAUAUUCGAUUGGUCAUAUCUCGGUAGCAUUUUGCUCGCUUGCUUUGAAUAAUGUGUAUAUGUUGCCCGAUAUCAUUGCCAAUUGUAAUUUACAAAUUUGAUUGAAGGUAAAUUUAAAAACGAAAUUUAAUUAAAGAAUUGUUUUUUAUUUUUAUUUACUUUAAAGAUAUAUAAUAUGUAUAACGUAUGAAGUAAUUAUAUAACUAUACGUUUUAAAAAUUAAUGCAACGCAUGCAAGCACAAUUGCCCUAUUUUUCCAUUUCAUUGAAUGUUAAACUAAAUAGACCCAUAAUUAGCUUGGAGCGAUUAAAAUUAAUUACUAGCACUUUAUCUUAACAUAAUGUGACGAAAUUUCUUAUUACAUGAUAAACCACAUUCACUUUCAACCUUGCGCUAAUUUAUCAAUCAGUUCUAUCUUUUUAGUACAAUGGCAUUUGUUGUUUUUAUUAAAGUUUUUAAAUUGUCACGUUUUAGUGAACGGUAUUAUUUUAAAUUGUUCUAUGGUUUCAUAUUUCGUAUAUCGAAAAAAAAAACACUAUUUUACGUCAUGUAGGCUCAUUAUCAAAUUUAUAUUUGUAACAUCUAUAUAUAUUGGCACGCGACUAUAAUAAAAAAAAAAAAAAAAAAACAAAAAAAAAAUCGGACAAAAACCGUUCCAAUUACUUUUUCCGGUAAAAAAAAUCCCUUUAUAGCUUUCGGUUAUGGCCUUGUCUCAUUUUAUUACGAUAGUUUUUCUUGGGGACAUAAGUUAUUUAUGAAAAAAUUAUCAGUUUCUAAGCAAUUGUGACAAGCCUAGUUAUCGAUACGUGCCGAAAUCAAUAAUAUUAUCGUUUUUUUUUGUAGAUAAGGAUCGGAAUACUAAAAUAUGUUCAAUACGAUAAUUAUUAUUUCAUGAAACGAAAUGGGAGUUUUGGUUUAUAAAUAACUUUGUAAAUUAUUUCGACUUGAUAAUUGAGAUUUGUUAAAGCGCAUUGAAUCGGGUUCGAUUUAUUUUAACUAAAUUGAUUUGUAUAGAUAGGUUUUAUUCGUAUUUCGUGCGUUUAUAGGUCAAAGUGCGAAAUAUAAAUUUAUUAUGUAUGCGUAGUACAUGUUAUGAUACAAUAUUUCGUAUAUUGUGACCAAAUUUAUUUUAUCAUUUUGGUACAAAUAAUAAGCAUUUUGACUGUAACAAAUAAACUAUCUUUAAUGUAUGAGCCAAUGUGGCUCAGUUGAUAGAACAUGUAGAUGUUAAUUGUAACGCCAGUAAUUUAUACAUAUACUGUAUUUUGGUUCAUAAUUCAUCUCGAGUUCCGCGGUAAAGGAAAACUUUGUGAGGAAACCUGCAUAUGUCGGAAUUCUGACACAUGUAUUUCGAACAAACGGCUGAGAUCGAUGGAUUUAGGUCUAAAUCCUUUUACUUAACAUAGGGGCGUUAUCCUUCUGUGAAAUUACAUAGUACUUUGAUGUGAGAACGAUAAUAAUAUUGUAAUUCAUUGUUAUUUUAAAUAAUGAAGCUCGUUACAGUGAAGAUAAUGAGAGAUUUACAAGUAAAGCUAAAAUCUAGAUACGUUUGUAUGAAGAAUAUGUAAGAUCAGGAUUACGAAAAGUGCAGGUCUUCAAACAGGACAAUAGUGAAUGGAUACGAUUUAUAUCUUUCGCCUUCGCAAAAUGUUCGUGUAAUCGUUUUAAUGUAACUGCUUAUAAUUAUAGCAUGUUAGGCUCAAAUAUACGAGUAUAUGUAGAGCUCAUUUGUGACAAUAAUUUUAUAUUAAAUUAAUCAUCGUUAUGUCUGUUUUUAAAGGCGCUCCGUCGUUCGUUGAUGGAUGUGUUAUUAAUUGGAUUCGACUUUACCGUAUUUUUGUUUCAAAUGAAUAUUGAAUUUUAUAGAAUUCAAAUUUAAUAACGCGUUUUUAUGUCAUCGGUGUUUUUUUAUGUAUGUGUGUUUGUGUAAGUAUAAACGUGGAUUUCUUUCGCUCCGUUUUAAAUAUAUAUCGGAUAAUGAUAUCUACUCUAAACCUAACAAUAUUUGUGAUGAUCAUCUGAUUGAAUUUUCACUUAAUUAAUUAGAUAAAUCAGUUUUAAAUGUUUGUGGUCAGAUGGAAAUAUUAAUUUAAAUUAUACCUUUUUAAUUUAUCCAUGGACAUUUAUAUAUCUAUAUAGUUAUCGCUGUAAGUGCUAUCGAGUUGCGAGAAUGGGAGAUUUAUUUAACUCGAACCGAGCUUAGCCUAUCACGUCUUUAAUUAGAGCAAGUAUCUGAUAGAAUGUAAACAACGUCGAGCCUUGAAAACUAUUUACUUUGUGUAGGUAUAAUGGUUAGAUGUAUUUUCAGUCGAGACCUUGUGACUUUGAAAGUGAAAUUCUGUACUAGAAUCUAAUUCCUUUUUAAUGGUUAUUGAAAGCGAAUACGGCACACAUUAGUUCACACUAUAUAAACCGGUUUUCACGAUCGAUCUUGUUUAGAUAAUGUUCGUAAUAAAAAAUAGAUUCAACAACAAAAAUGUGCACGUAUCCAAUUCUGAUAAAUUUAAUAUUUUUCACGGCAAGUUGAGAUGGACCAUUAGUUAGAACGCCUGAAUCUUAACCGAUGAUCGUGGGUCAAACCCAGGCAAGCACCACUGAAUUUUCAUGGGUUUAAUUUGUGAUUGUAAUUUAUCUUGUGCUUGACGGUGAAGGAAAACAUCAUAACAAACCUGCAUGUGUCUAAUUUCACUGAAAUUCUUCCACCAAUCCGCAUUGGAGCAGUGUGGUGGAAUAAGCUGCAAACCUUCUCCUCAAAAAAGGAGAGCAAACCUUAGCCCAGCAGCGGUAUAUUCACAGGCUGUUAUUUUUUUCCGAAUCCGGGUUCCAAAUCCAAAUCAACACCACUCUUAAUAAUUAAAUGACGAAAACCCUCGUUUUACUAAAUAAGAUCAUCGAAAAUAUAAUGUCUUUCAUGCAGAAUAGAUUGUGAAUAUUGGUUUUUAACCAAAAUGAAACGAUAUUCACACGACAAUAAAGUAUCUUAAUAACACAAUUACAGUAAGUUAUAAAUGUAAACGGCACACAUUAUACUACACGGAUACAUUACUUAUGAUUAUAUCAUUCUUAUUGGAUGAUUUAAUUAUCAAUUGCGUAGUAAUCAAAGUAAUUUUGACUAAAAUUUUAGUGUUGUUUCCACUAAAUUAUAGACAAAUAAGGUGAUUUCUAAAAUGAUUAUGGUUUUCAAAUAAAAAUAUUUACUCGUACUCUUCGUCACACACGUCAAGACACUUGUUUGCAAGCAUUAUAAUCUUUUUAUAAUUGUUUAUAAAUCAUUAUUUCCAGUUAAUGUUGAAAAUAUUUUUUUUUUUAAUAAUAAAGUGUUUAUUUUUUAUUGUUCUUUAGUUAUGGCGAUUGUUUAUAUGGGUUCCGCUAGAGUGUGUGUAUACUUUUAUAAUAAGUAAGUUGAUAACAUAAGUGUAAUAUGAUCGUUCAUACGGUUUAAUUAAUAUAGCAAUUGUGUUUAGAGACGUUUAACAUGCAAGAAUAGGGAUAGAACGGAGGGAUAUUUACAUAUUAACAUCAGCAACGUAAUGUACCACCGAUAUAUAAAUGAGUACAGAAAAUUUUAUCGUUUUGUUAAAUUGGCAUAAUAUUUAUGAAUAAAUAGAAAGUAAGAAUAAAUGUAUAUUAUAUUAUUAGCACGCUAUGUGAAAUUAGUCGUGUAAAAAUAAUUUAUUAUUAGAUUAUAUUUAUUAGAUUAAUUUGCAAUUUGUUGAUUGUUAUUUUUUUAAUGUUACCUCUAAAUAUGCUUGCCAUCGAUGUUUUAGAAUAAUUUUUAAUUUUAAAAUUGUAAGAAAAUGACAUUAUCGGGAUGUGUAGUAAGUAUUAGAGAAAAAUAUUGCUUGUUGCAGAGUGAGGUCAUGGUUAUGGGAUAGAUUAUAUAAGAAUACUUUAACUAUCACUUCGUUUGACAAUCUGCGUCUUGUUUUGUUAUAGUUAGUACAAAUAUGUUAGUCAAAAGAUAUAAUUAGCUGCAAUAAAAUAAUUGAUAUAGUGAA